AUACUAAUUUACUUUGGGGGUACUAAAACAUUUCAUAUCAUUAUUGAUAAUAAUUCUUCUCUUCUCUUACUCCAUUCAUUCUUCUUCAAUCUUAUCCAUGUGCAAAAACCUAGAAAAUAAAAAACCCAAAACCAGCCUUCAUCUUUGUUCAUUGCUGGUCAUGAAUUGAUAAUGAUUAUUCUCUUCUCUUGCUCAGUCUCACCCAUUCACUCCUCUUUCUAUCUCACCCAUGUGCAAAAGUCCAGAAAAUAAAAAUUUCAAAGCCACGCUUCAUCUGUUGCCUUUAUCACUAUCCAUUGCCGGCCAUGAAUACAGAACACCAACAUUCAUCCUAUCCCUCUUCUCUUCACUUGGAAGAUGAAACCUCAUCUAAUACCUAAGUGUAAUCUGAUGGUGGGAGGCAAUUCUGAAAUGGAGAGCUGUAUAGAUGCAAAUUCUAGUGCCGUUUCAUGUUGUGAUGAGUCUGUUCAUGGGACGGCGAGCGUUGGUGAUCCCAUAAAAGACAGUGGAGAACUUGAUGUUGACUUUCUCAAUGAAUUUGAUUUAUAUGUGGAAGACAUCAAGGAUGGAUUGGUCGUUUCAAGGAUGGUGAAUGACUCGAUCAUCAGGGGCAUGGUCAAUGCUGUUGAGCAAGAGGCAGCUGAUAGGAUUGCUCAGAAAGAGUUGGAAUUAGUGAGGUUGAAGGAAAUGCUAAAAUCUUACCGUGUUGGUUCAGAUGAAAACGAACUCUUGAGACCUUUAACGAAGAACAAUGACCCGAAUAUUGGAAAAUUAAGUGCAUUUUCAAGGUUGUCGGAUGCUUUAACUGACCAUGACAAGAUACUAGAAUCUUUUGGCAGACUUAAAAGUGCAGCUAAAGGGCAGCUUAAGAAUCUCAGGAUAGAUAUUGGCCAAAUCAGAGGGCAUGGUUCUAUUAAGAAGAUUAAUUCGGUUUCUGAGUUGGUGGGAUUGGGUGGUAAUUUGCAAGAGGACGAAUUGAAGAAACGGAUUGGAGCAGAGAAAACACUUGAUUCCUUAAGUGAAACUCUGGAAUCUGUUUUUGAGCAAGUGGGCAAUAUUGUUUACUCAUCCAAGGUUUCACACUGUCAAUGGCAACGGGAGCAAGAAUAUCAGGAAGAAGUUGAACGUAUGGUAAUAACAACCUGUAUCCGCGGUUUAGAGGAACAGCUUGAGAAAACACUUUGGGAUCAAAAUGCUCAAUGGUAUGGUAAUGAAGAUGUAAGUUGGUUUGAGAAGAUCAAUGAGAUUUCCUUCUUGCGUCAGGAAUUAGAUGCCAUUUCUAAAUCACUGUCCAAUCCUGAAUCCGGAGUGCUGCAUUCUCAUAGUUCAUUGGAGAUCAAUGGUGACGUGAGUAAUGAUAAAAGGACUGAUCAUUUGCAUCAAAAGGUUCUGGGCAAUCAUGUUUCGUCAUCAGUUUCACUUUGGGAAGGAAAUGGCAAGGACGGAGAGUUGGUAAUUCCUGUGCCAGAAAAUUUGGAUCCUCAGCAACUAAUACACAUGAAAAAGGAUGAAUUGGUGAACUUUUUCAAGGUUGAGAUGACAAAAAUGAAGAGGAACCAUGACUAUAAACUACAAGAGAUGACUGAAAAAUAUUUUAGUCUUAAGCGGGAGUACUUGAAAGAGAGGGGUUCUUCUCUUCCGUCUAGGAAAGAUAAGGAGUUUGAUGUCUUGAGGAAAAAGAUCCCUGAUGUCAUACUGAAAUUGGAUAGGAUUCUUGUGGAAAGUGAAAAAGUUCCUUUAUUAAGUAAUAAUAAUGAUAAUCUUAGCAUCUUGAAGGACAGAUUAGAAUCUCUACUUUCAGAAAAUCGUCAACUGAGAGACGCACUCUCUGAUAGAAAAAAGGAAGUUAACCAGCUUUCUUCACAUCUUUCUGAUGCCAUAAUGAAAAUCUCAGAGCAGUCUCUUGUUGAGGAAAACUUACUUAGAAGGGUAGAAAGCCUCAAGUCCGCGGUUGAGGAUGCACAUAUUGAAGCUACCAUUAGUUGGGAUGUAUAUAAUUUCUUGUUCAGGGGGGCAAUCAGCCAGGUAAAGUGCAUGGCUGAAGAUUCAGAGAUGGAGCGCAAUAUCAUGAAAGAAAUUUAUGACCUUAUAUUAAAAGAUGCUUCUUGCAAUAUGUCACAUGCCAGAAAGAGUGGAUUUGAAGAUUCUGAUUUGGAAUCUUUAGCUAUGGAAGGGCUAUGUUCAAUCAUUUUCAGGGAAGCCUUCACAGAAGCCAGGGAGAAACUCCAUGACUUAAGUAUGGAUGUGAUUGAGAAGGAAAGGGUGCUAAAGAUGGAAGUUGCAGUGAAGGAAAAUUUGCAGCAACAAGUGCUCCUAGUGACAUCUACAGUUAACGAAAAGGAGAAGUUACUUAAUGAAACAGCGGCUGCAUUGGCAAGAGAAAAGGAGAAAUUUAUGGUGGCUUCUCAAGAGCUUGAUAGUGCAAGGGAUUGGACAAACCAGCAUCAAAUGAUAAUUUCUAAGUGCAAUGAAGAAUCCAGUGUUCUGAAAACUAAUCUCCUUCAAGCAUCAGAGGAACUUGAGCAACACAAAGUGGAGAUAUGUGGAUUGAAAACGAAACUUGACCAGGCAAUGAAGGAGUUGAGAGAAAGCAAUGGUGAGAGAAGCAGGCUUCUUGUUGCUGCCAAAGAGAACGAUAAUAUUUUAGCAUUAGUUAAAGCAAAUGAAAACGAGCACAGAAAACAGAUGGAAUCAAUAAUUAUUCUUGUGGAAGGACUGACCAAGGGAGUUGCUGCUUUUGAAAGUCGAGUAGCAGAACAUAUGAAAAGGAGUAAUCUAAGGUUGGAAAGUUUAAGCUCCCAAUCCAGUUCUCUAAUUCAGAUGGUAAAUAAAUUGAAAAGAAAGGGAUUGCAAUAUAAGCAAAGUCUUGAAAGGAGACGCUCUGACCUUGAAAAAGCUGAAACUGAGGUCGAUCUCUUGGGUGAUGAGGUGGAAGUACUUCUAGGCCUUCUCGAGAAAAUAUACAUUGCACUUGAUCAUUAUUCCCCAAUAUUGAAACAUUAUCCUGGAAUUAUGGAGAUACUGAAGCUGGUUCGAAGAGAAUUGAGUGGAGAAUGUAACAAGUCACUUUGAUUUAUCCUUCAUUAGAUGAAUGUUGAUUCUUUGUCACCCCUAUCCAGCAUGAGGGAAGGAAUGGUCGCACGGACAAAAUUUUCCACUGCUGAUACAAUCAAGAACAGGGUUAUGUGCAGGUGAACCCGGAAAAAUACAUCCUUAUCCCUAUUGAUUAUGUUGUUCUCCCUGUAUAGAAACUUAGAAGAUAGCAUGUAAAAAUUGUGGCGAUGGUAUCAUCGGGACUAGUUUGCUUAGAUUUGUAGGUAUUUUGAUGAUACUUUCUUUUGGCAUGAACUCGUGAAUUGUUUCUAGCUUUUAAAAUGAACCACACAGAUUAGCUCUUUGCUUCUAACAAUAGUUAUUUUAAGUUUUACAUACGUUUUUCUGGCAAUAA